AUGGCAUCUGCUUGGGCUGAAGGCGAUGGCAAGCCUGGAGUCGUGCACCCGGACUCCAACAAGCAGUUGGCAGGCAGGCUGGUAUUUGAUGCCGGAUCAGCAGCAAUUGCGUCGCUGGCAGUUGCGCCUGUAAUGACGGUGAUUGACAGGCAAACGUACAGGGCAGUUGUCGAUGCUGCGGCAAGUCGGAGACCCGUAUUGGAUUGUGCGCGAAGUGCUCUGAAGGACAUGCUCCUGAAUCCCAGGAACUUCUUCGUGAGUCGGCCACUUGCCGUGAUGCUGGCUCUUUACAGUGGCACCUAUCUCGUGGCGAACACGACAGAUACAAUCACAUCGUACAAACAUGAUCUCCCACCGAGCACCACCACCAGCAGCACCACCAAAUUCUGCGCCGUUACCAGUGUCAAUCUCGGCCUGGCAUUGUACAAGGACAACUGCUUCGCCCAAACUUUCGGUCCAGCUUCAACAGGAACACUACGCCCCCUUCCGCCGACCAGCUUCAUCCCUCUUGUAAUUCGAGACGGGAUCACUCUGUUCUUCACUUUCAAUGCUCCAGCUCUACUCUCCGAUCGACUCCCUGAAGGGCUAGAACAGCACAUGAGUAGAUUGACCGCUGCACAGCUCGUUUGUCCUGCUGCCAGCCAGUUCAUUGCCACUCCGCUGCACCUCCUGGGUCUCGAUCUCUACAACCGGCCUGCAAAGCUCUCGCUCCGGGAACGAAUGAGUGUCAUCAGGAGCUUAUGGUUGUCCUCGUCUCUGGCAAGAGCGUGCCGAAUGGUCCCUGCGUAUGGCCUAGGAGGUGUGCUGAACAACGAGGCUAGAGCGGGCUUCAUGCGGCGGUUCGAGAAGGCAUCGUGA